CAGGGCUUGAACUUAAAAUUCAAAUCCCAACGUCCGCGCUGACCUCUUCCCCAGUCUGGGGUCCCAUUUCUGGUUGGCUUUCCCGUUAGAAGCCUUAACCUGGGUGGAGAGGGGUGUUUGUCACAGGCUCGCCCAACCUUGCGAGCGUCAUAUUCCUUGACUAGAGAGUAAGCCCUACUGGACGCCGUGGGGCUUACUUCGGAGGAAACCCGCAGGUGCGCGCGCAACUCAGCGCACAGACCCUUUUUCCUUCCCCCUCACUCGCUAAAGAACUUGGACGCGUCCUCCGCUGGAGAGGCGGGAGAAGUUGAGUUUUCUACCACUGGGAGGCCCGUUUCCGUUAAGUGACUCGGGAACGGGCCAAUGGGAGCGCAGAUGUCGGAGAGGCGAGGCGAGGCGUGAGGGUGUGGCUCGCGAAGUCAGCGGUGCUCGUCUCGCGUCGGAGUUCAGAGCCGGUUGUCCGCGAAGCGAUCGAGUGUUGGCUGCCGAGGGGAGUUCGACUGUAGAGUUCGCCCGCGCGUGGUAGCAACAUGCAUUCUUCAAGACUCCCAUUUCGGGGGGGUGGUGCUUUGCACAUGUCCCGUGAUGACUGUGUGCCUGAGACUCAGCCGCAGCUGCCUACUGUUGAGGGUCUUGCUUAUGGAAGAGGAAAGUCCUUUCCUUUAGCUGGCAGGAUGCCGGGAGUUCGGGAAAUGGCACAACAGCCACCAGGACGUUUGCAACCGGAGUCUUGUGCAUCUGCCCCAACUCUGUCCUCCAUGUUCCGGGGACUUGGCUUUGAGACUGUUUCUGGUCCUCCUUUAGGUCGAGGCAUUUUGGGUGUUUUAGGCCGAGGGAUGGGUGACACUGGUGUCAAACCCAAAGUGCAUUCAUCAGUACAGCCCACACUUGCACAGUCAAGGCCAGGGCCAGCUGGAGACGGCAAGGUGGCACUUCUGGGACGUGGCAGAAUACCUUUUCAGAGGGAAAGUGAAAUGCCUUUUGUCGUUAUUGGAAGAUCAGCUCUAGGGCUUGGAAGGGCCCAUGCAGACCUCGCUGCUGUAAAUGCAGGAGUUUUGCAUCCAGCACCGCGAAAAGAGCCUGGACCAGCAGCAGUUCCCUCCGAGGUUUCUAAUGAGCAGAUGGAGAGAAAAGAACCACUAAUGAAGCAAGGCUCCACAGGAAUACCAGUCUCCUUAGCCCUGAACCUGAUUAAAAUACACUGUCAAAAUGAAGCUGUUUACCAAUAUCAUGUGACAUUCAGCCCCAAUGUGGAAUGCAAGAGUAUGCGCUUUGGGAUGCUGAAGGAGCAUAGAUCGGUGACAGGAGAUGUUACUGCAUUUGAUGGCACAAUACUCUUCUUGCCUGUCAAGUUGCCCCAAAGUGUUGAUCUGAAGUGUCAAAGGAGGACAGAUGGCAUAGAGAUCAGUGUCAAGAUUCAGAUGACCAAAAUUCUACAUCCCAGCUCAGAUUUGUGCAUUCCAUUUUACAAUGUUGUUUUCAGGAGAGUAAUGAGGAUUUUAGAUAUGAAGCUUGUUGGAAGGAAUUUCUAUGACCCCACUAGUGCUACUGUGCUGCAACAAUAUAGGCUGCAGAUAUGGCCUGGCUAUGCAGCCAGUAUCCGGAGGACAGAUGGUGGCCUCUUUCUGUUGGCAGAUGUUGUUCACAAGGUUAUAAGGAAUGAUUCUGUCUUGGAUUGCAUGCAUGCAAUUUACCAACAAAGUCGAGAGAGCUUCCAGGAUGAGUGUACAAAGCAUCUAAUUGGCAACAUUAUAAUUACACGUUAUAACAACAAGACUUACCGUAUUGAUGACAUUGACUGGAAUAAAACACCAAAGGACAGUUUUACCCUGUCUGAUGGGAAGGAGACCACCUUCAUAGACUACUACAGUAAAAACUAUGGGAUAACAGUCAGGGAGCUUGACCAGCCACUGCUGAUUCACAGACCCAAAGAAAGAAAGAAUCCUCCAGGGAAGUUGCAGAAGGGUGAAAUCCUGUUGCUGCCAGAACUUUCCUUCUUGACUGGAAUUCCUGAGAAGAUGAAGAAAGAUUUCAAAGCCAUGAAGGAUGUCAGCCAGCAGAUCAGUUUGAGCCCUAAGCAGCACCAUUUAGCUCUGGGUCAGCUUCUGAGCAGAAUUAAGAAGAAUGAGGCUGCCCAUAAUGAACUGUCACGGUGGGGGCUUUGUUUGGACAAAGAUGUCUAUAAGGGAAAAGGACGUAUUCUCCCCCUGGAAAGAAUAAACUUGAAGAACAGCUCCUUCACUACAUCAGAGGAUUUAAACUGGUCCAAAGAAGUCACCAGAGAACCCUGCAUCUCUGCAAUUCCAGUGAAUUAUUGGGCAUUAUUUUAUCCAAAGCGGGCAAUGGAGCAAGCCCACAGUUUGGUCAGUAUGCUGCAUAACGUCUCUGGUCCACUUGGUCUCUCGUUAACCUCCCCUGCUUGGACUGAAUUGAAGGAUGAUCGAAUAGAGACUUAUGCCAGGGCCAUUAAAUCAGUACUGAGCACUGAGGGCACAGUACAGUUGGUCGUCUGUAUCAUCACUGGGACUCGAGAUGACUUAUAUGGAGCUAUUAAAAAGCUGUGCUGUGUGCAGUCUCCAGUCCCUUCUCAGGUUAUUAAUGCUCGAACCAUCAUGAACCAGCCCAGCAAACUUAGAAGUAUAGCACAGAAAAUUCUGUUGCAGAUUAACUGCAAGCUAGGUGGAGAGCUCUGGGGUGUGGACAUCCCUUUGAAACAAUUGAUGGUAGUUGGUAUGGAUGUCUAUCAUGACCCUAGCCGGGGAAAGCGUUCUGUGCUUGGCUUCGUGGCAAGUGUCAAUCAGAAUUUGACAAAGUGGUACUCUAGGGUGGUUUUCCAAAUGCCUCAUCAAGAAAUUGUAGAUAGCCUGAAGGUCUGUCUGGUCAGUGCUUUGCAGAAGUUCCAUGAGGUCAACCACUGCCUUCCUGAGAAGAUAGUGGUUUACAGAGAUGGAGUGUCAGAUGGCCAGGUGAAAACAGUGAGGGACUAUGAAAUCGUACAGCUGCAGAAAUGCUUUGAAGCUUUUGAGAACUAUGAGCCUAAAAUGGUGGUAUUUGUGGUUCAGAAGAAAAUCAGUGCCAACAUCUACUCAGCAACCACUGAUCACUUCACAACUCCUUCUCCAGGCACAGUGGUAGACCAUACAAUCACCAGCCGAGAAUGGGUGGAUUUUUACUUGAUUGCUCACCAUGCACGUCAAGGCUGUGGCAUCCCUACUCACUAUAUCUGUGUAAGAAAUACUGCUAACCUCAGUCCCGAUCACAUGCAGAGGUUGACUUUCAAGCUUUGUCACAUGUAUUGGAACUGGCCAGGUACUAUCAGAUUGCCAGCACCCUGCAAGUAUGCUCACAAGUUGGCCUUUCUCUCCGGGCAUGUUCUACACCACGAGCCUGCUAUCGAGCUCUGUGAGAAACUCUUUUUCCUAUAGACAGCUGGCUUUAAGGGGAGCAAGGAGAGAACAGAAAUAAGCACAAAGUGAUUCAGGGGAAAGCUUAUUGAUGGACAUGCUCAGCUGUGGACUGCCGCCAUUGAUGAGGACUCUGCAAGAGCUCUUACAGCCCAGCUAUGUUUGGAAGCAAAUGGCCAAGCAUUCUUCAGAUUGCCGCAGUUUGUAAUUAACAAAGUGUUAGAAUCACUUCACUGUAGUACCUAACUGCUGGUAAACAUUUUGAUCUUGUAGAAACUGGGAUUCCAGGUAUACAUGUUUAGUUGAUGCAUAUCUUUCCUUCCUCUUUGUUCCAGAAUAAAACUAGUCAUAUUUUCUGCCUUAACCUGUGAUUGCAAUACUAGAAAAAUGAAUCCCAUACAAACACUCUGCCAAAGAACAACAACCCUUCUGUCUAGUUAGAAUCAUUUAAGGGUCUUUUAUGGAUAUAUACUUUGCUUUUGUACUAUCAUCAGUCAAUAUCUUUAUUACGGUACUUGACCAGAUUCCAGCAUUAUAGUACAAAGUUAACGUUAAAUGCAGUUGGUACAGUCUGUAAGAGAUCACAGUUACAUUUAGAUAGAGGAAGUUUACCCAAAUCAGAGACACAUCUCUACCUAGCUGAUUUGGCUGGUCAGUGACCGAAAUAAAAAUUACCACCACCUAACUGACGCUGGGGGGGCCCUUCACCAUCUCUUGAUGAAUCUUGUAUGCGGUGGCACAAAACUUAGCAACACAAGAAGUAACAGAUACAGUCUUAUCUGCAAGAAGAUAAGUUACGUAAAAAGUCAUUGGUCUUCCUUGUAAGUUCUCUAAAAGCAGUAAAAUCAAUUUGCUGCAUGGAGUUCUAUAAAACUUACAAUGAAGUAAAAUCUGAGCCAAAUUUUCAACUUGAUCUGAUUCACAAGAACACUUGUGCAGGUGAUAGGGUAACUUUUUGUAUCUCUCCUCCAGCCAUGCUGAUGGGAAAACAUUAUAAUGAGCUAAGGUGAAGGCUCUCCGAUGGAUUGGACAUGUCAAAUUACAAAAAUAACUUGCUGGAGCUAAAAUUGAGGUGACCCACAAAUUCUUAAUACAGUUAGGGAGUUUACUUCUCUCUUCUUGUGAUUCAAUAUCUAGAAGAUGUUGUUCUAAAAUUCUGUUGGCUUGAUCAAACCCCACAGCAAUUAAGGAUUUGCAAGAGAGUCUGACUGUGAAGUUUCCCCAUUAACUUGAAUAACCACUUAGAGUGGGUCUGAUCCUCCAGAACUCGGUGGGUGGGGUGCGUGCAGUCUACUUGGUUGAAAUUUUAGCUUUAGCCAAUACUUAAAGAUUGCCAACCACACUCUGGUCUCCACCUUAUUCACUCCAACCUUAAGGCUGAUUUGGAUACGCCUUUUGGCAUUUGAAGAACCAUUCUUAGAAAUAUAGUUUGGGCAACCUCCAUGGGGGUAAAGUUUGAAUAUGGGCCCAAAUGAGCUCCAAAGAGCAGCUAGGCCAUUGUCUUGGCUUGAAACAGCUUAAAAGCUGCUGGGACAAAUUGUCCCUCUUUAGAGCGAUAGAACCUUGAGAUCAUAGUAGCACCUCACUGAGCUGUUUGUGUUAUAUAUUCUAAAUGUGCCUUCCUCCGGAAGUGUGAAACACCCCCCAUGAGUACUUAAAACACUUAACCUGUUCAAUCAUGUUGCUAUUAAUUCUCCAUCUGUGAGAUUUGAGUCUUUUGGCAAAGACAAUUACUUAAUUUUUUUGGUAAUUAAUUAGCAAACUGUCUUCUAAACAGAACUGGGAAAGUGCUUUUAGUGCUCUCCUUAGGCCGACGGGUGUCAAAGUUAAAAUCACUGCCUCAUCAGCGUAAAGAAGUACAGAUAUCUGCCUACUUGCUAUCUUAGGGGGGUACAUGUCUACCCUAUUCAGAUAUUUACCAAGUGAAUUAAUAUAGAAGUUGAAUAACGGGGGCUAAAACAAAUCCUCGCUUAAUGCCAGUGCCUGUAGGAAUUAAGUUAGAUAAAUCACCAUUGGGAUUAUGUCUUAUAGAGAUGUAUUGCUGUAUAAUUUAUGAAUCAGAAAUGACAGAUGUUUGUCAGUUGAGGAUGCACUGAGCUUGGACUAUAAAUGAUCUCGGAAUAGAGUCAGAAGCAAAUUUGAAGUUAAUGGCAGCAUAUAAUGAGGAAUCGGGUUUACUGCCAUAUUUUUCCUACAAGAUGUUGGAGUACUAGGCUUUGAUCUACUUACUACAGAGCGACCAGCUCGAAAGCCAGCCUGCUCCUCAGCCAAGAUUGAUUACUGCUCCAACCAAUCUUGAAGCUUCAAUUGUACGUGUUUCGCAUUAAGUUGGCUGAUAAUGCUCAAUAGACUUAUCGGCCUAUAGUUUCCCAGGUCAUCCUUCCUCCCCCUUUUAAAAAUAGGGGGAAUUAUAGCAAGACCCCAGUCUUCAGGUAUUUCAACGGUUCUGUCUAUGUGUGUGAAAAGGGAUGCCAGAACGGGAUCCCACCAAUUAACAUCGGUCUUUAUCAGCUCGGAGAGUAUAUCAUCGCAGCCUGGGGCCUUGCCCGAUUUCAGUUGGGCUUAUAAGUCCAGUGACCUCCUGAACAGAGACAACUGGCCAGUCAGGCAGGAUCAAUUUACUAAAAUCUAAAGACUCCGCAAUCCUAGUCUGGCUCCCAUACAAGUUUUUUUAAAUGCUCUUCCCAUGCCUCUACCCUGGAUAAGGUGGUCCACUCUAUCAAUAGCCCUGUUUGGGCAUUCAGCAGUCAGUCGCCAAAAGGUAUGGUCCCUGUUCUUAACUGAGUCAAUUGUUUGUUGCUGUAAAUCUUUUAGUGCAUUGUUCUUUUUGACUUUUAAGAGAGCCUUAUAUUGUUUUUUGCUUCAGCUAUAGUUCCUUAGCUGUGUAUGAUCCUAGAUCUAACCUAUAAACGCUUAUAGCAAUCUACGAACAACUUUUUUGAAUGAAUGCAGCCUUGCUCAAACCAAGUUUGAGAUCUCCAGUGCUGUCGGUCAGUACAUUUUUAAAUCGGCAAUUUGGGUUGCAGGAGCUGUGUCAGGGAGUUGUAUGAAACAGUUUUAGAAUUCGGUAUGUCCUCUGACAAAAAUACUGGUUCUCAGAUCUUCCACCUUAUCUGACGUAAACAUUGCUUCCAAUUCAGAUUUUAAUUGUUCUGACCAUUUUAGUCUGAUUUUCCUAAUCUCUAUUUUAAGCCCUGAUGGAGAAACACAGUGAUGACAUUCCAGAGAUUUUAGUGAGAGUACCACUGGUAAGUGAUUACUAUCUAAAUGACAGUCCACCUUCAGAUGUUCAAUAUCAUUUAGGACAUUACGAGAAACUAAGAUAUAAUCUAUAGUUUACAUUUCCCCAGAGGUAGACCAGAAUGUAGACUCCAAUGGCCAGUCCUUUCCUGUGGCUCCAUUCAGAAUGUAGAGGUCCAUACGAUUUGCCAUUUGAGCGAGACCGAACCCAGCAAUAUUACUGAUCUUAUCCUUAGAUUGGUGGCUUAGUAGACAACAACCCUCAUCCCAGUGUGGAGGGCAGCAAUGAAAAUGUGCAUAUAAUCCAAGGUCAUUUGAACUUAUCCUGGCAUUUAAGGACAAUGCCUUAACUAUAUGUGAUGAGGGUAAAAGAGUGAACAACUAACUAACAUAAUUUUUAAACUCCUGCCAGAGUUUGUUCAUGAAAACUAGCCUGUAUCUUUUUUUUUCUUUUGUUAAAAAUAGCAUUUGUUGUUGAGUUAAAAUAAAAACAAAAUAUAUUUUCUGUGGCUGUACUAACUAACAUUAUGGAGCUUGACGACUUACCAUGCUAUCAUUGUUGCAUGUUUUUCCAGGAUGCUUGGUGUUGAUUAUUAUUAUUAUUAUAUUAUUAUUAUUAUUAUUUAUUUUAUUAUUAUUAUUAUUAUUUAGAUUCUCUGUUCACCAAAUGGUUUAAUUGUUAAAUAAAUGGUAAAUAAGCAA